AGACGCUCAUUUUCUUUCUCUUUCUGUCUCUCGCUGGAACCUUCACCGCCUGCUCUGCCCACCUCCAUCCUUUUUCUUCUUCAUCUUUUUAGAGAGAGAGAGGGAGAGAGUGAGAGAGAGAGAAGGAAAGAAGAAAAGGGUUUGCGUUUUGUGAUUUGUUAAGUGAGAGAAACUGGUGGAAAAGUUAAAAACGAUCAAUAAAAACCAGAUCUUUCGGAAAACAUUUUGUUGUUGUUUUUUUUAUUCUCCCAGAAAAUCCUCUACAUUUUCCUGGAAAGUUUCUGCUUUUCGUUUUUGCUGUUGUUUUUUUGGUGUUUUUUCCUUCUCUCUCUCGUUUCUCGAGAGAUUUGGUGCGGUUGGGUUGAUUCCACGUUCGGUCCCUGGAGUCAGUGGAACAGAACAUGAUGGUUUUAUUUCUUUUCUAUUAAGCACUGCUAGCUUCAAAGAUCAAAGCUUUUACUUUUGCAAAUUGCUGAGAUGUCAGGGGCGGAAGAAAUUGGGGUGAAUGAUGAAAGCAGAGACAGAAGGUCUGAUUUUGACAACUCUGAAGAUGAGAGGAGAAGAUCCAAGAUUGGGAAUCUGAAAAAGAAGGCCAUAAAUGCGUCCAACAAGUUUACUCAUUCCCUUAAGAAAAGAGGGAAGAGGAAAAUCGAUUACAGGGUCCCUUCUGUAUCCAUUGAGGAUGUCAGAGAUGCAAAAGAGGAGAGUGCUGUUCAUGAAUUGCGUCAGAAACUUCAUCAUAAGGGUUUGUUGCCUCCUAGGCAUGACGAUUAUCAUUCUUUGUUGAGAUUCUUGAAAGCUAGAGAGUUUAACAUUGAAAAAACAAUCCAGAUGUGGGAAGACAUGCUUAAUUGGAGGAAAGAGUUCGGAACGGACACCAUUUUGGGGGAUUUCGAGUUUGAAGAGCUGGAAGAAGUAUUGCAAUAUUAUCCCCAAGGAUACCAUGGAGUUGACAAGGAAGGAAGACCUGUUUACAUUGAGCGGCUUGGGAAAGCCCAUCCCAGUAGGCUUAUGCGUAUCACCACCAUAGAUCGGUAUUUGAAGUACCAUGUCCAAGAGUUUGAGAGAGCUCUGUUAGAGAAAUUCCCUGCUUGUUCAAUUGCAGCAAAGCGACAAAUCUGUUCAACAACUACUAUAUUGGAUGUACAAGGACUGGGCAUGAAGAAUUUUAGCAGGACUGCUGCAAAUCUUUUGGCUGCCAUGACUAAAAUAGACAACAGCUAUUACCCUGAGACAUUGCACAGAAUGUACAUAGUCAAUGCUGGUCCUGGAUUCAAAAAGAUGCUUUGGCCUGCUGCUCAAAAAUUUCUUGAUGCAAAGACAAUCGGAAAGAUAAAUGUUUUGGAGCCCAAGUCUCUGGGUAGGCUACAGGAGAUCAUUGACUCUAGUCAGUUGCCGGACUUCUUAGGAGGGUCAUGCACUUGCUCUACAGAUGGAGGGUGCCUUAGAUCCAAUAAAGGUCCAUGGAAUGAUCCAGAGAUAAUGAAGCUUGUACAUAAUGCGGAAGCAACAUUUGUGAGGCAAAUCACCAGAGUAUCUAAUGACCAGCAUAAAUAUGACUCUUAUGUUCAGACACGGUCAUUAAAGGGAAGGGCUAGCAACACAUCAACAGCAGAGUCUGGUUCAGAUAUUGACAACCAGUGUUCUCCAAUUGGACAAAGAAGCUCUGCAUUUCCUUGUUUGGCACCAGUUCAUGAAGAAAUGAGGGUAUCCGAUCCAAAUGCUUACUAUAGUUGUGAUGAUAGUUUCCCUCUGGUUGAGAAAACUAUAGAAAGUGACCAAGGACCACUGUAUUCCCUAGAUCAGUUGCGUAAUUCCAGUAACGUGGAUAGCCAAUCUCACAAACAGGCAUCUUCUUCGUAUUCAGAAGGAACAUCAGUCAGCCAUUGGUUUGACACUGUCAAGGAAAGGGUUGGGAGAAGGAAUAUUCAUUCUGUGGCAAAAAUGUUAAUAGCUUUAUUGGUCAGACUGGCUGCUUUCAUUCGUACUGUUCGAUUUGAAUCUUGGAGAAAGCCAAACAACAUUCAUCCUUCGAGUGCAAUGGAAUCCAGCAACACAAAUAGCCAUUCAAAUUCACCAGCAGCUGAAGCUGUUAAUGAAGAAGACCGUGUCCUUCCAUGUAUAGAGCGUCUUCAGAAACUAGAGAAAGCAUUUGAGGAGCUUAGCAACAAGCCUGCUGGAAUUCCCGUAGAAAAGGAGAAAAUGCUUAUGGAUUCUCUGGACCGGAUCAAAUCUGUCGAGUUUGACCUUGAGAAAACAAAGAGAGUUCUACAUGCUACGGUGAUGAAGCAACUUGAGAUUGCAGAGUUGCUGGAAAAUAUACGUGAGUCUAAAAGUCAACAACGAAGAUUAUUCUGUUGAAUGUAUGGAGAUUGGCCAUGCAGACAGAGUGGAGCUAUAGGAGGGUUGAUGCCAGACAAAGUACGCCAUCGGGGGCCAUCUUUGUUCGUGGCACGUGGAUGAAACAUGGGGUGGACGCUUUCUUUUUUAGCUUCUUCAUCUCCUUUUAACCCCUACCACAUGACUGAAGUUACUGUUGAGCUGUACGGAUUUUUUUCCAAAGCACAGCUUUGAAACAGUGGAGAGAGUAAAGAGAAAUAUAAAUGAAAUAUCUUCUUACAUGCGGCAUGCUUUUCUUUUCCUUUUUCUUUCUGUUCAAAUGAAUAUAGCCAUGUCCUACUUAAUGUAAACACUGAGCAUUGUGAAUGAAAUUUUGAAUCCUAA